AUGGCCGACAUCACCGAUCAACACGACCAGACCUCGCCUACCGAGCUUGACGACUCUCACGCCGUCGGCAAUGGCAGCGCAGCCCAGGAAUCCCGCGGCGUGAAGCGUCAGCGACAGGCCGCCGCCGACGAUGAGGACGACGAUGAUGAGAAGGGCAGCCGCGAGCGUCGCAAGAUUGAGAUCAAGUUCAUCAGCGACAAGUCUCGUCGACACAUCACCUUUUCCAAGCGCAAGGCUGGUAUCAUGAAGAAGGCCUACGAACUGUCAGUCCUGACCGGCACCCAAGUACUCCUCUUGGUCGUGUCUGAGACCGGCUUGGUCUACACCUUCACCACGCCCAAGCUGCAGCCGCUUGUCACCAAGGCCGAGGGCAAGAACUUGAUUCAGGCGUGCCUGAACGCUCCCGAGCCCACUCCCGGCAACGAAAACGGCAUCGACGGCGGUGAUCAGGUUGAAUCUCCUGAGGAGCCUGCUAACCAGCACCUCCCCCCUCAAGGCGGCCGACCUGGCAUGCCCCAGCAACCACACAUGCCCGGCAACUACAUGCCCAACAUGCCCAUGGACCCUCAGCAGGCCCUGGCAUAUCAGAGCUAUGUGCAACAACGGAAUCAGGGCUAUGGGUCCGGCAUGCCUCCGCAACCAGGCAUGCCUCCCAGCAACCACCACCAAUCGUGA